AUGAUCGCUCGCAUCGCCAUCAACCGCACCUCGGCCCUUCGCGCUGCCCCCAUGGUCCGCUUCUACACUGCCCCGGUGCGCGGCGAGGGUGCCACUGCGUCGUCGGCUGGUUUCCGCCAGCGCGAGGAGGCCCAGGAGAACCAGUACAUGCGCCGCCGCGAGGAGGAGCAGCUCAAGGCUCUCCGCGAGAAGGCUAAGAAGGCCCAGGCCGAGCUCGAGGCCCAGGAGAAGAAGGUCGCCGGGCUCCCCAAGGAGUAA